AUGGCUGAUGUUGCUGCUAGUGGAGGAUAUUAUAUGGCCAUGGCUGCGCAGACUAUAGUUGCAGAAAAUCUUACUUUAACUGGCUCAAUUGGAGUUGUGACAGGAAAGUUUAAUUUGGGGAGUCUCUAUGAAAAAAUUGGUUUCAAUAAGGAGAUCAUAUCUAGGGGAAGAUAUGCAGAGCUUACUGCAGCUGAACAGAGACCAUUCAGGGAUGAUGAAGCUGAACUCUUUGCAAAGUCAGCACAGAAUGCAUAUAGAGGUUUCCGGGACAAGGCAGCCUCUUCAAGAUCAAUGACUAUAGACAAGAUGGAGGAGGUUGCUCAAGGAAGAGUUUGGACAGGAAAUGACGCGGCUUCACGAGGUCUUGUUGACGCAGUUGGUGGACUAUCUCGAGCUGUGGCAAUAGCAAAACAAAAGGCUAAUUUACCAAUGGACGAAGAGGUCACGCUUGUGGAGCUGUCAAGACCUUCAACGUCUCUGCCUGAACUCUUGGGUGGAUUAGGAGGCUCUAUUGCCGAAGCUGACAAAGCAAUCCGAGAGUUGCUUGAGGUCAUGGCGUCAUCCAGUGGAAUUCAAGCCCGCAUGGACGGGAUCAUGAUGGAACAGCUUGGAGGUUCUUAUGCCAACACCAUUUUCACCGUGAUAAAAGAUUACUUGAGUUCUCUCUAGUAUCUUCAUAAUUAUUCAUCAUCAAGAGACAUGCAUAUACGUUAUUCAAAGAUGUAUAGGCAAGCCUAUCCUUAAUUGUGUUACAUGCGAUUUAUAGUAGAGCAGAAUGUAGUGGUUUAUGUGUUCCUAAGGAUACUCUGCCUUGUUUAAACCAAUUGUAAAUUGCUUUGUA